UCUCCUUUUAUAUUAUCACAUCUGCCUUCUCUUUCCGAAUCCUCAAGUCGGCCUGAAGGGAAAUCUGACAAGAUGCGUGAGUGUAUUUCUAUGCAUGUUGGCCAAGCUGGGGCCCAAAUGGGAAAUGCAUGCUGGGAGCUUUACUGUCUAGAACAUGGGAUUCAGCCGGAUGGACAGAUGCCCAGUGAUAAGACAAUAGGAGGAGGAGAUGAUUCCUUCAACACGUUCUUCAGUGAGACAGGAGCAGGAAAGCAUGUUCCACGUGCUAUCUUUGUUGAUCUGGAACCCACCGUGAUUGAUGAGGUACGCACAGGUACAUAUCGCCAAUUGUUCCAUCCCGAGCAACUAAUCACAGGCAAAGAAGAUGCUGCUAAUAACUACGCCCGUGGUCAUUACACUAUUGGUAAAGAGAUCAUUGACCUGGUGCUGGACAGAACCCGGAAACUGGCUGAUCAGUGCACUGGCCUUCAGGGAUUUCUCAUUUUUCACAGCUUUGGUGGUGGUACUGGCUCUGGCUUCACCUCCCUCUUGAUGGAGCGUCUCUCUGUAGACUAUGGCAAGAAGUCAAAACUUGAGUUUGCCAUCUAUCCUGCUCCUCAAGUGUCCACAGCAGUGGUGGAGCCCUACAACUCCAUCCUGACCACCCACACCACCCUGGAGCACUCCGACUGCGCCUUCAUGGUGGACAAUGAAGCCAUCUACGACAUCUGCCGUAAAAACCUGGACAUCGAGCGUCCCUCUUACACCAACCUCAACAGGCUCAUUGGCCAGAUAGUGUCCUCCAUUACAGCCUCGCUGAGAUUCGAUGGAGCUCUCAAUGUGGAUCUCACCGAGUUCCAGACCAACUUGGUGCCCUACCCACGUAUUCAUUUCCCUCUGGCGACAUACGCUCCGGUGAUCUCUGCUGAGAAGGCUUACCAUGAGCAGCUGUCUGUGGCUGACAUUACCAAUGCCUGCUUUGAACCAGCCAAUCAGAUGGUAAAGUGUGAUCCUCGUCAUGGUAAGUACAUGGCCUGCUGUCUUCUCUACCGUGGAGAUGUGGUGCCCAAAGAUGUCAACUCUGCCAUUGCUGCCAUUAAGACCAAACGCACCAUUCAGUUUGUGGAUUGGUGCCCCACUGGUUUCAAAGUGGGCAUCAACUACCAGCCCCCAACUGUGGUACCUGGUGGAGAUCUGGCUAAGGUUCAAAGGGCUGUGUGCAUGCUGAGCAACACUACAGCCAUCGCUGAGGCCUGGGCUCGACUAGAUCACAAGUUUGAUCUGAUGUACGCCAAGAGAGCCUUUGUGCACUGGUAUGUGGGAGAGGGAAUGGAGGAAGGAGAGUUUUCAGAGGCCAGAGAAGAUAUGGCGGCUCUGGAGAAGGAUUAUGAAGAAGUGGGCACAGACAGCGUGGGAGAUGAAGAUGAAGAGGGAGAAGAAUAUUAAAGAGGCAAAAUCAUCUAAGCUUUACCUAGCUUCCCAGCCAAACAAAAUCUUACCAUUAAGUCUGAUCAUAAAUAUUUGAAAGUUAAUGUGCACUAUGAUUGGUUUCAUGUAAACAAAACUUGAAUAAAAAGAAGGAAUGUC